GAAAAAAGAAAAAGAAAAGAAAAAAAAGAGACGAAAGUGGGUGUUCUGGGAUGUUCCAUUUUUCCGACCAGUCGAUGAUUGAUUGAGUUUGGAGUUUGGUCAACGUUGCAAGAGAAGCCUCUGUUGCCCCAUUGAAGAAGAAGAAAGAAAGAAAGAUUCGCAUUCAAUAUUCAUUCAUUUACUAAUCUCUUGUUUCGAUUCAGGAAAGUCAAUUAGUGUUUGUGAAAACCUAUUCACCCCAAACAUUUAGGGUUUUUGGAGAUUUCAUGGGAGGUGGAAGUGGGAGAGAUACAACUAGUAUGAUGCAUCAUCAAAGACCUAAUUCUUCAUCCUCCAUCCCAAAACAGCCACCUCUCAUCCCCUCCAACCACCACCACUUCCCACAGCCGCCUUUCAACGCCGCACCUCCUCCUCAUAUUCCUCCCUAUUCUCAGAUCCCUGCCACCUUACAACUCAAACACUCCCGCUCCACCUCGCAGCCCUCUUCCUUCUUCUCCUUCGACUCCCUCCCGCCUUUAAACCCUUCUCCCCCGUCGGUAGAUGAGAGAACCAACGCAGUGUUCAGCCCUUCUCUGCCUCCGUCGCCGUUCACCAUGUGUCAUUCCACCUCUAGGAUCAGCAGCCGCGGAGGAGAUGGAGAGAAUCUACCUCCGAGAAAGUCUCAUAGGCGUUCCAACAGCGAUGUUACAUUCGGGUUUAGUUCGAUGUCGCCUCCUUUGAUCCCUUCGAGGUCUCUGGAGAGAUCCAUCUCCGGAGGAGAGGCUUCAAAUUGGGUCAAGGAAGAGCCUGGAAGAAGACAAUCUGAGAGUGAAGCUAUGGAUGAUAUUUUCAAGGCGUAUAUGAAUCUUGAUAACAUUGAUGUGUUGAACUCUUCUUUUGGAGGAGGUAAUGAGGCUGAGAUGGAGAGUAGUGGCACUAGGAAGACCAAUGGUGGUGGAACCAGUAGUGACUCUGAAGGAGAGAGCAGUGAGAAUGUGAAGGUGGUUUCUUCAGGGGUUAAGAGGAGAGCAGGUGGUGACAUUGUUCCCACUGGUAUUAGACACUACAGGAGUGUUUCUAUGGAUAGUGGUUUCAUGGGGAAAUUGGACUUUGGUGGUGGUGAUGAAUCAUCGCUUAAGCUUCCGGUGAAAGCUUCCCCAACUAAUUCUGCUGAAGGGAACUCGAGUGUCGAAUUUGGAAACAGUGAGUUUACUGCGGCUGAGAUGAAGAAGAUCUCAGCAGAUGAGAAACUGGCUGAGAUUGUAAUGACUGACCCUAAGCGUGUUAAAAGGAUAUUGGCAAACCGUGUGUCUGCUGCACGUUCAAAGGAGCGGAAGACGCAAUACAUGGCAGAGUUAGAACACAAGGUGCAGACCCUACAGACUGAGGCCACUACAUUAUCUGCUCAGCUUACGCAUUUGCAGAGAGAUUCAAUGGGGUUGACGAACCAGAACAAUGAGCUCAAGUUCCGCCUUCAAGCUAUGGAGCAGCAGGCACAACUCCGCGAUGCUUUGUCUGAGAAGCUGACUGAAGAAGUCCAGCGACUGAAGAUGGUGAUAGGUGAGCCGAGUCGCAGGCAAAGUGGCAGCAGCAGGGAAUCAAAGACGACACUAAGCCCAGAGAUGUUUCAGCAGCUAAGCAUUAGCCAGUUACAAGAGCAGCAGAUGCAGCAUUCCAAAGCACAGAUCAAAUGAAUAGGGUAAGAAAGAGGAACAAGUGUGAUCCACACAAGUUACAUAGAUAUAUGAUAAUCAUGUUAUGUGCAGAGACUUUGUUUGGAAAAUUGUUAAAGAAAACAUAUAUAUAAAGAGUAUGUCUAUCCUGAUGAAAAACAGAUACAAAAAUAUAGAGAGGCACUGCUUCUGUUAAGAGUGAUCUCUUCUGUUGUUUUGGUUAUAAUAAUACAGUUGGGA